AAAUGGGAAAGUGUUGAUGAUUACAAGUAAAUAUAGACAUAAGCCUUAAACACGUAAUUAUUUUGCUAUAAAUGUGCCUUGAGCAAGGUGAUCAUUAAUUUCUCUCUGCGGGCCUGCUUCAGACAUAACUAGAUGCAGAUAUUAAAUCUUCGAAUAUUGUACUACAAACGCGCCUUAAGGAUGUUCGUCUUUAAUUUCUCCGUUAAAAUUAACUGCAGACACCGGCACCUUAAUUCUUGUGUAAAUGUACAAUAAAUGCGAUUUUUUUUGGUUUUUCUCCUUUCAAGUGUAGAAAUCGCAUCCGCCUUUCUAUCGACAGAGGCAUCUAAAGUUUCGGAGAAAUUUAAGUCGGUAACUAAUGACUUUGAGAGAAAUCUGUCGUAGAGGCUGAAACCAAUAAUAUCUUAAGAGGAAAAUAGCUUUUGUCCUGUAAUGCAUCUCGAGACUCGAGCAGCAAUCGCUUAGGGAUAAAUUAUCAUUAAUUAAUUUGCAUAACACUAGUCUCAGGCGAUGGAAGCUCUAUUUUUGUCCUAGUGAAGCUGCAUUGAUUGUGUUGCUUGUGGAGAUCGAUUGGUAGAAAUAUGCUUCCUCAUAAAAAAGAUGCAAAGUAGAUGUUGCAGCUUAAAUUGGACCUGAAGAAAUAUUGCAAAUUUUGAAAGUAAUGCGGUCUCAGGAAUCAAUAUAAACUUCAAACAACAAGAGUAAAAACAUAUUGGGAGCUAAGUAAGGUUGCGAAAACAGUGAUAAUCAACUAGUAUAUCCAACUACAAGCAAGGAAGGAAAUAAUUCUACCCUGGUAGAAUCAAGGGAACUCUUUUGCAUGUCAAUUGCUGUAAAAGCGCCCCUGUUGAAAGCUAUGUCAAAGCCCAAAGGUUUCCAUUUGUGAAGUUUUUGUGAGAUACUUGCAGGAUUGUGAAUUCUGUUCUAGUUUGCAGAGGCCAAAAUAUCUUGUGGGAGUCUGCGACUAUGAAAGAGAACAUGGGUGCAGUAAAGACACAGAUUGAAGUGAAAAAAAGCAGCCACAAAUGACAGCCUAGAAUCUAGUGGUUUGUGUGCGUGCAGAUGUCUACAAAAGAUCAUAUAAGAGAAAUAUGAACGACUGGCCUGCGAUCCACAUCAGAAUUGGCAUAGGAAAACAGAAUGGGGUAAACUGCUUUGGAUUUUCCUACUGAUAUUGCAGAAUGUGUGAACGGGCAAAUUAUUAGUAAGAAUAGUACAUGGAAUCUGUAAGACUCCCAUGCAGCAAUCUUGAAUUUGUUGGAUGUCACUUUAGUAAGAUAUGAAGAGGGUGGUUCUUCAGACUAAGUGCGGUUCCUUCUAGCUAAGGAGCAGAUAAUUGAGGUUUUAUGGGUAGCCUUAAAAAUAAAGCAAAGGUCCAAGUGAUGAUUAGAAUACGUGCCUUGAUUUUGAGUUGUCUGGAACUAGCAAAGGUCAAGGCAGUUAGCAAAGUUUUUUGGUCGCAAUACUAUUUGAAGCUCUCUUCAACAUUUUUCACCGUUUACUCAAGCCAAAGUGUGGUAACUUUGUCAAAUCAGAAGCAAUAAUAUUAGAUUCUCACCAUGAAAUUGGGGCAUCAUCAAAAUGUUCUAGAAUCACCCCGGGUGCUUAGUAGAGAUGGAAGCUUUAGGAGGAGUGGUUCUGGUUUCUCCACUGAUAGAAGAUCAGAUGACUCAGUGGGGAGCAAAUUAGGCAGUUCCCCUCGAAGCAGGACUGGACGAUUGCUACCUAAAGGACUGAAAGACUUUGCGAAGAAGUUUGUUGACAAAGAGGCAUUCACAAUCAAACUUCAAGACUGGCUGUUAGAAAAAACAGACAAGUCUGUAGAUGGAAGACUUCUUUUUGAGUCUCCAUUUCAGCUAGAAGAACUUCGGAAGUUUGAUUAUGCUUUGGAAGGGGUUGUUUUUCAACAAUUGCUUAGAAUGCCUUGUGCAUCCUAUGCACCAUCAACUCAUGAUGGCGAUGAAGCAGAUGCAUAUCUUGCAGUCGAAGACUUUCUUCAUACUAGUGCAGAGUGUCUGUGGAAAACAUUUUGGCGCAAGGAUGGAUCAAUGCCUUUUUCUGUCAGUUGUCCAUAUGGUGUGAGAUCCAAAUUCCACACUGCAGAAAAGGCAAUUGUAAGGGGAAAAGUAGGAGACCUAUGUGGAGCUGCUUUGUUAGUAAAAGAUGAUACAAAUUCACAUGCUCGUUGGGACCAUGUUGCAGAGCUUGCCUUAUUUAGGCAUUCUGUUGGACAUCAUUCUCAAGGAAAGGAGCCGUUCCUAUCAGUAGCCACUAUUGGAGAGGCUUUAUUUUAUGGAUUUCAUAUGUUGUUGUCAAGGAGAUUAAGGAAUUCCCAUCUACUAGUUAAUAAUGACUGUGUACAUGUGUUGGUGGUAGAUUGUGAGUAUGGGGCAGUAGUAAAGAUUAGUGGAGACUUGGGUAAAUUGGAUUCAAACACAACUAGGGUAUAUGAUUGUGCAGCAGACUGGAUUAAACAUGCAGAAGUUAAAGUCUCACCAGUGGAUCGAAUUUGGAAUAAGAUGGGGAAUGCUAACUGGGGAGAUUUUGGUACAUUAAAUCUUCUAUUGGCCACAUUUCACUCUAUUGUACAAUGUAAAGGGCCCCCUCCAAAAUCCAUUACUGAAUUGGCUGCAAAUCAUAGUAUGCGACUCCAAAAGAGGAGGAUUGAAAGUCGUCUCAGUGAAACACAUGGCAAUGGAAGUAAUUCAUUUGAUUACCAUCAAAAUAACCGGAUCUAUGGAGAGAUUCUUGAAAUUGAGGAUGAAUUAGAACCUGUUAUUUCAAAGGAAAAGGAGCGAAUGAAACUUGAGCUAGGUACUGUUAUAUGGUUGGAAGAUUCACAGGGACAAAUGGGCUUUCAGAUACAUGAUAUUUCCAGAGAUGGAAGGAAUUUCUUGUAUAGUGCAACUUCUCUGGAAGAUCCAAGCAUGCUAUUGGCUGUUUAUGUAGGUGCUCAUCCCUCCCAGCUCGCACCUUCGUGGGAAGAUAUGAGUAUGUGGUAUCAAGUACAGAGACAAACAAAGGUUUUGAAUGUCCUAAAACAAAGGGGCAUAUCUAGCAUGUAUCUACCGCAGUUGGUUGCUUCUGGAAAGGUGAUGCACCCUGGUUCAUGCUACAAACAGAGUCCUGGUGGACGCUGUAACCAUCCCUGGUGUGGAACCCCGGUAUUAGUGUAUUCUCCUGUUGGAGAGCCUCUGUCAAGCAUAAUUGCAAGAGAUGGUGCUUUUACUUCAGAGGAAGCUCUACAGUGUUGUCAUGAUAUCUUGUCUGCCUUGCAAAAUGCAGCAUCUGCUUCUAUUCAGCAUGGAGACAUCUGUCCUGAACAUGUAAUACGUGUGAUGGAUGCAGAGAGAGGCUCAUUUUAUGUCCUUGUUGAUUGGGGACAUGCUGUACUGGAGGAUAGGGACAGCCCUGCCAUCAAUCUUCAGUUCUCUUCAACUUAUGCUUUGCAAGAAGGAAAGCUCUGUCCGGCAUCUGAUGCAGAAAGCCUUGUUUACCUCCUCUAUUAUUUAUGCAGCGGAGCUCCUCAACAACUAGACUCAAUAGAAGCUGCUUUGCAAUGGAGAGAAAGGUCUUGGGCACAAAGAUACAUACAGCAACAGCUCGGAGAAAUAUCUGCUCUCUUGAAAGCAUUUGCGGACUAUGUUGACAGCCUAUGUGGUACUCCAUAUCCUGUAGAUUAUGAAAUUUGGAUAAGAAGGUUAAGCAGAGCAAUGCAGGGAAAUAAUCAUGGAAAGUCAAUAGAUUAUAGUGCCAGCUCUGUAAGGAGUGAUGAUGUGGCAGAAUCAUCAGGAACAUCUGCAGCAUCCUUAACCUGAAAUUAGAUACUCUGGAUUGAUAUUUUAUUAUAUUAGUGUGUUAGAUCCUCAAGCUUGAGUACAAAGUCAAAUUUGUUGCAUAUAUUAUGCAUGUGAAAAGAUUUCCUUUUGGAUUCAGCUACUUGAUGUUCAAAGAUUGUAGACUUCCAUAUUGUUUGAUCAUCUCAGCUGGAUUUUCAUGUAUCAUUUUUGUUCUUGUCCUGAGUGCAUGUAUCCCCAGUUUGGGUGUUUUCCAUGCAUUUGCCCAUGUUAUUGUGUAACAGUCAUAACACCAGAGUCCAAGGUGUAGGAGGACGUUUAGUUUGUCCCUUUGUGGACUAAGAAUCAGUAAGAAGGUUCAGAAUUACUGGGGACCAAAUAAGUUGUCAGAUGGUGACUUACAUAUUGAUGCAACUAAUGGUUUGGUUUUGCGUCGGUUUGUAGAUUUCUUAACGUGCUUGGACUGGAUUCCUUAUAUCAUUAAACAUGUCAUAGUGUUUUUCUGUUGGGUCUUAUUCUCACCUAUUCUUCUUCUUCUGGUGACUAUUUUGCCAGUUUUGUAUUAUUAGUAAGGUAUGUCCAAUAAUUGAUCGUUAUACCUGUUUGCA